ACACAUUGAUAAAGACACAAAGUGCAAUUGAUAAGUGCAAUUAUAAUUGGCAAAGUGCAAUAAUAUGCAACCAAAAAUACUAGAGACCAGGUGCUGACUGGUCUAAUUAAUCUUUUAACAAAUUUUAUUUUUUUGGUGUUUAAAUUAAAUCAAAUAAAGGGACAAUAAAAACAAAAAUAAAAUACAAAUUUUAGGGCAAUUUAUAUAUAUGAAUUGUCGCUGGGUUCUUGGCUAUCUUUGGUCGGUUUCAUCAUCAUAAAUUUCGCGUGAUAUAAUUAUAAUUUGCAAUGAUGAAAUCAUACAAAAGUAUGAAACCAGCUGUCUCACGUGUACAUUGCAAAAAUAAAAAAAAUAAAAAUUGACGUGUUAAAUUCAACAAUUUAACGACAAUUAAACAAUAGUCAUUAUUAAAAUUAAUAUUAUUGAGUAAUUUUAAAGUUAUGAAAAACACAGUUAUUCGAUAAAUUUAUUCAUAAAAAUGAAUAAAAAUAGAACGUUUAAAGUUCAAAGAAAAAAAAAUAAAAUUUAAUAGUGAAUUAUUUUUUAUAUAUUUUUAGAAAAUAUAUUAUAAAUUUUUUUUCGUGUAAAAAUAUAUAUAACUACUGUAGUAUUUAUUAAAAAAAAAAUUUUUAAUGUUCAAAUUGAUUGGACGAAAUAUUAGGUCAAUGACCUUGAGAUAUAAACAUAGCGAUUUAAAAAUGAAUCGUGAAUUUAAAGAGGUAGAAAUUAAAGUACCAUGGGGUAAAAUAUCAGGUAAAUUAUGGGGUCCAGAAAAUGUACCACCAAUUCUGGCAAUUCACGGUUGGCAAGAUAAUGCUGGAUCAUUUGAUCCACUUGCUGAAUGUCUACCAGAAAAUAUAUCACUCUUGGCAAUUGAUUUACCAGGUCAUGGUUACUCCAGUUGGAUUCCCAAAGGAAUGCCAUACUCACCAAUUAUUUAUUUACAAACAAUUGAACGUGUUAAAAAAUAUUACGGCAUGGAUAAAAUUGGACUGAUUGGACAUUCACUUGGUGGAAUGGUGACAUUCAAUUACACAUCAUUAUAUCCAGAGAAUGUUAAAUAUGUCGUUGCAUUUGAUUAUUUUAAAUAUCCAUCAUUCAAUCCAGAUCGACAUUUUACACUAUUUACCAAAGAAUUUGAUGAAUUUUUUAAGAUGGAAAAUUGGAGUGAUGAUAAAUUACCACCUUCAUAUACGGAAACAGAUGCUAUUUCAAGAUGGAUUGCAUCAACAAAUAAAUCAUUGGAUGAAAAUAUGUGUAAAAUAUUGAUGACACGUGGUGUCACUAAAAUUCAUGAUAAUGGAAAUGUUUAUUUUCAUCGUGAUCCAAGAGUUAAAUUAUUUUUAGCAAAUACUGGAUUAUCACAUGAACAAUUACGACAUAUGGCUGCUAGAAUAACUUGUCCUUAUAUGAUUAUCAAAGGUGAACAAUCAAGAUAUAAUGAAAGACGAGAAUUUUAUUAUGAUUUAUUAAAAGUCAUUGAAAAUUAUUCAAGUGAUUUUAAAUUUUAUACUUGUAUUGGUACACAUCAUUUUCAUAUGUCGUCACCAAGAACUGUUGCUGAUUUUAUUACACCAUUUCUAAAUAAAUACAAUUGAUUAUUUAUUAAUUUAAACUAAUAGUUAAAAAAAAAUCAAAAUUAGUCAAUUUUUAUCUUAAUUAUUUGAAUAAUUUAUUUUAAUUUAUUUUAAAUUUUAUUUAAUGAUAAGAGAAAAAAAAAAGAGAAUGACAAUUUAUAUAAAAAAAGUUAUUAUUGUUAAAUUUUAAUUUGUUAUUGUAGUUAUUAUUUUAUUAAAAAAAAAUUUAUUUUAUUGACAUUUAAAAACCGACAAAUUCUAAAUGAAAUAAAUGACCUUUUUUUUAAUUAUUUGUUAAGAAAAAACA